CCUCCUUUCCUUAGAAGCAAAGAUUAACUUUCUUUACUAUUGUCUCUCACAUUUUCCACCCACCCACAAAAAAAAAAAAACCGCUCCGCUUUUUAUUUAACAAAAAAAAUUGUUGUUGAAUUAUUUGAUCUGUGCAUUUUAAGCACAUUAACAAUGCCAAACUGGGAGCUUAAAAACUGUUGUGAUCACGACCAGAAACUGUUCAUUGCUUUUGUUGGUGCCUUCACCGUUGUAAUCCUUCUGCUAUGGAGGACUUUUCUGCUCACACCUUUUAAGCUCAUCACUGUGUUUCUGCAUGAAGCGAGUCAUGCAAUUGCCUGCAUCCUCACUUGUGGCAAGGUGGAGGGAAUCCAGGUUCAUGCAAACGAGGGUGGGGUAACACAGACGCGUGGUGGCGUUUACUGGGUGAUCUUGCCUGCUGGAUAUCUUGGUUCCUCAUUUUGGGGAAUGGCUUUGAUUCUUGCAUCCACAAAUAUUCUCACUGCAAGGAUUGCUGCUGGCUGCUUUAUUGCUGCUCUGGUGGUUGUGCUCUUUGUUGCUAAAAAUUGGACACUUCGAGGACUCUGUAUCGGAUUUAUUGUUUUUAUUGCUGUUAUUUGGCUUCUGCAAGAGAAAACAAAAGUCCACAUCCUUCGCUAUGUCAUUCUCUUCAUUGGUGUGAUGAACAGUUUGUUUUCAGUUUAUGAUAUUUAUGAUGAUUUAAUAUCUAGAAGAGUCAACUCUAGUGAUGCUGAGAAGUUUGCAGAAGUCUGUCCAUGCCCUUGUAAUGGUUUUGGGUGGGGAGUUAUUUGGGGGAUGAUAUCAUUUGCAUUUCUUUGCGCAUCUUUGUACCUUGGACUUGUUAUAUUAUCAUGAGAUAACCAUUCAGUGUAAAGAAUGUAAAGACAGUGACAAUUGUGGUCUGAAAGAUUGGGAAAUUUAUAUCCAAGCUGUUCGAUUGGUGCUGGCAAGAGCUUGUCUCUUUCUAUUUGAUGCUUUGUAUACUGAUUUUUGUUCUAGACAUACCCAUUUUUUUGAAGUGCUGGGAUUUUGUUACUCCCAUGGCAUCAUUCUUUGCAGCUUAUAUUUUGGGUUGCUUGGUAUAUGAUUGCUUUUGUAUAGGAAACUGGCUCAUGAAUCGAAUUAUUGACGCUAAUUUAUUCUUAGUGAAAUACAGUUGAGUACAUUAA